ACUACUACCAUAUAUAUAUGUUGAUCGAUUUGUGAUCACACACAAACCAUCUCACCUUAAUUCGCUAGUGCAAUUAAUCAGUUAAACACAGAUCAAUUAAUAAAGAUGCACCGUGCUAUAAUGCUCGUGACGUUUUUGGCCCUGGUCAAGACCACAGUUUCCGACCGUUAUCCGAUAGAGCUGUGCAGUGACGUGUUCAACAGUUUCAUGCCGUGCAUGGGCUUCGUCGAGGGAAUAUUCCAGCAACCUUCUCCGCAAUGCUGCAGAGGCGUCACCCACUUGAACAACAUCGUCAAGUUCACGUCUCCAGGAUCGAGGAAGAACAGGCAGGGGAGUGGAGAGAUAGAGAGAGUAUGUGAAUGCAUAGAGAUAAUGGGAAGAGCAGAUCAUCUUCCUUUUCUGUCUCCCGCCAUUAGCAACCUUCCUCUCCUUUGUUCUCUUUCUCUCAGCUUUCCUAUCUCCGUUGGAAUGGACUGUUCUCAGUUAUUUCCAUUCUCCUCCCCCAUUUUGUUCAGAAAUACGAAGGAUCCCGACGCUGAGAAAUUAAAUUAGUCACAAGUAUAUAUUAAUACUGGAAAUUAAGGGGGAAAAGCUAUGUAUGAUAUAUAAUCGAGUGUAUUGUAUUAGUUGACUAAUGUUACAGAAGCUGCCAUCAAAAGUUUCUUUCAGUAAUUGUCAUGUAUAUUCAUCAGCUUGCUUCUAUACUAGUUAGUUCUUCAUGCAUGUAACCAC